CCUCUGCCAAUCAUUUAUUCCUUGUAAAUAAGGUAAUAUUUACCCGCGCAGCCCGGUGAAAUAUCUUCGGCACGAAGAUUAGCCCGCGACCCCAGUAAUCUCGGGCCACAAUUUCACUUUGGUAUAAAAGGCGUCGGAUGCGCACCGAAAUACAAAUCAAUUUGGUGGUUCGAGUUCCACGCUUCGUUCGCUUUCGUCUACGUCGAAAAAGAAAAAUCUUCUACAAUCGCCAUGGAUCCGAAAUUCUGGUCCGAGAAGAUCGCCCUGAUCACCGGCGCCAACUCUGGCAUCGGCAAGUGCUUGGUCGAGUGCUUGGUCAGUAAGGGCAUGAAGGUAGUAGGCAUUGCUCGCACCAUGGACAAGAUGAAGGCUCUCGCCGAGGAACUGAAAAAUAUGCCCGGCAAGCUCUUCCCUCUCCAAUGCGAUCUCUCCAACCAAAACGACAUCCUUCGUGCAUUAGACUGGAUCGAGAAGAACUUGGGAGCCGUUGACAUUCUCGUAAAUAAUGCUGCCAUCAACAUUGAUCUCACUCUGCAGACCGGCGAAAUGGAAGACUGGAAGAAGAUCUUGGACGUGAACUUCUUGGGACUGACAUGCAUCACUAAAGAGGUCUUGAAGCUGAUGAAAAAGAAGGGAAUUGACAACGGUAUGAUCGUGAACAUCAACGACGUAUGUGGAUUGAAGCUGCCAAUCAACUGUGAUCGCCCGGUGUCGCCAGCUUACAUCGCCAGCAAAUUCGCUCUGACCGCUUUGACAGAGUGUCUCCGCUCAGAAUUGGCGCAGCUUAUGUCAAACAUCAAAGUUAUCUCCAUUUCACCUGGUUUGGUGGAGACC